AGGACAUGGAGUACCCAGGAUAGAAGUAGAAGAGUUUCUUAAAACAGAGAGGAACUUCCAAGGCAAGAUUCUCAAAUCAAAAUGGGCACCAAGGGCAAAGUUAUUAAAUGCAAAGCAGCUGUCGCCUGGGAAGCAAACAAGCCUCUCAGUGUUGAAGAGGUGGAGGUAGCUCCCCCCAAAGCUCAUGAAGUUCGAAUUCAGAUAAUCGCCACUACCCUGUGCCACACUGAUGCCCACAUGAUCCAUCCUCAAUAUGAAGGGGCUUUUUUCCCAGUGAUCCUUGGCCAUGAGGCUGCAGGAAUUGUGGAAAGUGUUGGACCAGAAGUGACCAACUUCAAACCAGGUGACAAAGUAAUUCCACUCUACAUGCCUCAAUGUGGAAAAUGCAAGUUUUGUCUGAGUCCACACACAAAUUUUUGUGGAAAACUCAGUUGCCUACAGGUUACACCUGGUUCUACCUGUGCCAUCUUUGGCCUAGGAGGCGUUGGUUUUGCUGCUCUAAUUGGUUGUAAAUUAGCAGGAGCUUCCAGAAUCAUAGCUAUUGACAUCAAAAGUGAGAAGUUUGCUAGGGCCAAAGCCCUUGGAGCUACUGAUUGCCUCAAUCCUGGAGACCUAGAUAAGCCCAUUCAGGAGGUCAUCGUUGAAAUCACCAGUGGAGGUGUGGAUUUUGCCUUUGAGUGUGUAGGUGGAGCAAAAGUCAUGAGAGCAGCCAUGGACAGCAUAACAGUAGGUGGGGGAUUAUGUACAAUCAUUGGAGUAAACAUUGGUGACAAAGGAUUGAAUAUUUCUGCAGUGGAGCUACUAAUGGGCCGUACCCUAACUGGAACAAGCUUUGGUGGUUGGAAAGGUAUGAAGUCUGUUCCAAAGCUAGCUGCUGACUACAAGAAUAAGAAAUUCAAUCUGGAUGCACUGGUGUCCCAUACCCUCCCUUUUGACAAAAUCAGUGAGGCAUUUGACCUAAUGUACCAAGGAAAAAGCAUUCGGACAAUCCUGCUCUUUUGAUGACACCAGGAACAAUCUGGAAUACUAGAUGACUGAAUCUGAAACUGUCUGGUUAAUUCAUAACCUGAUGGACCAUUAAUCACCAUGAAUUUAAACAGAUGUUUACAGUUAACAUCUCAAUUUAAACAGCUAUAAUGAUUAUAGCAUUUGUAUCCAUAAAAUAUGUUAAUAUUCCCUAUGUUAAA